GUCAUGCUACUCUUCUAUGUUCCACCCAUGCCCCAAAUCCGUGGGCCUGUUUUUCUCUCUUUGCUGUUUGUACCCGCUUGCAUCNNUCUUCUCCUGCUUGCUGCCCUCCUGCCUCUCUUCCAUCCUGUACAGAAUUUGAAACGUCAGNNCGCAAGACUUUCACAAGCCGCAAUGCGGUGCCUCUACUAUCUCCUGGUGGCCUCUCUAGCAUUUAUAUACGGCACGGCCGCGCAAACAGCCACAAUGAGCACUUCUCCAUCACAUCAAACCGUCCUGGUUGGAUAUGAAUCGCAUUCUUACCAUCCAAAUAACUUGACCGCCAAACCUGGAGAUGUGAUAGUCUUCCAGUUCAUCGCGCAGGGUCAUACAGUGGUACAGUCCAACUUCGAAGAGCCAUGCGUUCCAAGGGAUGCAUAUCAUCGAGGCCGGUCUACAUUUUUCAGUGGUUGGUAUAAUACCAGUGAUGUUAGCAGCGACCACAGGUCACCUCUANNGCCACCGACAUGGAACCUUACAGUCAAUGACACGGCGCCAAUUUUCUUCUACUGCUCACGCCUAGGCUCUUGCUUAGACAACCACAUGAUCGGCUCAAUCAACCAAAACGCAACCUACUCACUCCAAGCUCAGCUGGACUCGAUAAACAGCUCAGACAUCAUGCUCCAACCCGGCGAGGCUGUCCCUGACGAAGCCACCCCUUCCUCUUCUGCCACACCUGCUCCUUCUAACCACGGCGUUACUCUUUCCGGCGGUGCAAUCGCCGGUAUCGUGGUAGCAGGCGUAGUCGUGCUCGCUCUCGCAUGCGCACUCUUCUGGUUUGUGGGCCGCCACCGCACGCUCAAGCACUCUUUGAACAGUGCUUCUCAACACUCGAGUGCAGUAGAAAGCUGGGUCAACAGCACAAACCCGCCUUCCACAGUCGGUGGGCCUCCUUCUGCGAGACCACCUUCCUAUGGCCCUGGUGAUGGUGGAUACAUGGUUCCUAUGGAUGGCCACAAGCAGUGGGAGUAUGGUCACCAAAGACACAGUUAUAUGCCUAUGACACCUCCGAUCCAGGAACUAGGGGCCAGUGAGCCUGUAGAGAUGGGAGAGACAGGAAGGGGAAGAACAAGGGAUAGAGAGAACGAGUAA